ACCAUCAUCUUCUCUACAAAACAGUCAGGAAUUACAUCACAAUCCCACAAUGCUUUGCAGAGGGUGCUGUAGUGACUUUGCAUUUGGAGAGUUGCUGAUAGGAGACAUAAUAUUAUAAGAGUGGGAGAGACAGUGAGUGUUUACAUUGCCAGCUGAUGAAUGUUGUUGAAAGCGAAAAAAUGGUGUGGCUUUACUGAAGACCUUGAAAAAGGUCCUAGAUGAAAGAGUGUGGGAGGUGUUUGGUCGAGUAUUAGGAUGGCCGCUGAAGCUUCAACCCUCCCUAGCCCCGUGGUAUGUCAGAUUGACAAACAGUUCCUGAUUUGCAGCAUCUGUCUGGAUCGCUACAACAAUCCCAAAGUCCUCCCCUGCCUCCACACCUUCUGUGAAAGGUGUCUACAGAACUACAUCCCCGCACACAGUUUGACACUGUCCUGCCCUGUUUGCCGUCAGACCUCCAUCCUCCCUGAGAAGGGUGUGGCGGCACUCCAGAACAACUUCUUCAUCACCAACCUGAUGGAGGUGUUAAAGAGAAGCCCAGACACUAACCUCGGUGAGGACUGCACAGAGACUAUCAAUGGAGUGGCCACUGGGCAGCCACUAUCCUGUCCCAAUCAUGGAGGCAAUGUAAUGGAGUUCUACUGUCCAGCAUGUGAGACUGCGAUGUGUGAGGAGUGCACCUGUGGAGAACACGCAGAACACAAUACGGUUCCGCUCAAAGACGUUCUGGAACAACACAAAGCCUCCCUACAGGAGCAGCUGGACGCUGCAAAAAACAGACUGCCAGAAAUUGACUCAGCGCUCCAAGUCUUGUCUGAGAUCCUGCAGCAGCUGAAUGACCAGAAGAGUUCGAUCGAAGAAGUGAUACAUGCUACUUUUGAGGAACUUCAGAGGACCCUCAACGUACGCAAGAGCGUUCUUUUAAUGGAGCUGGAGGUCAACUAUGGACUCAAACAGAAGGUGCUGCGGGCACAGUUGGAGUCAUUGAUGCAGCAGCAGGAGAGCAUGCACAGCAGCUGCAGUUUCACCGAGCAGGCUCUUAAUCAUGGCUCUGAAACUGAGGUCCUUUUAGUCAAGAAGCAGAUGAGCGAGCGACUUGAUGAGCUGGCCAAUCAGACGCUCCCACUGCAGCCAGAAGAGAACAGCCAGCUGGACUUCAUGGUGGAGACUGAGGGUCUUCGCAAAUCCAUCCACAACCUGGGUGCUAUAAUAACCACAAAUGCUGUCGCUGCUGAAACCGUUGCGACUGGUGAGGGCCUAAGACACUGCAUCAUCGGGCAGCCCACCUCUGUAACCAUAACAACAAAAGACAGAGAUGGUGGCCUGUGCCGGACAGGAAAUGCUUUGCUCGCAGCUGAUCUUUCUGCCUCUGAUGGCACCACGGUGGGAGAAGGUGAAGUCACUGAUCAUAAAAAUGGCACUUAUGAAUUUGUAUACACGGUACCCUGUGAGGGCCGCUUCGCCCUUUCCCUGAAACUGUAUGAUCAGCACAUUAAAGGAAGCCCAUUCAGUAUACGUGCCAACAAAUCAACAGACAUCUCCCUGACAGCAGAUGGAGACAAAAAACGUCUUAAAUCUCCAGGAAGCAGCCGUGUGAAUCAACGUGCCAUCAAGAGGCCUGCCAGCAUGUAUAGCACAGGCAAACGAAAAGAAAACCCGAUUGAAGAUGACCUCUUGUUUCGAAUCGGAACAAAAGGCAGAAAUAAGGGUGAAUUCACUAAUCUGCAAGGAGUGGCUGCUUCCUCUGCUGGGAAAAUCCUAAUAGCGGAUAGUAACAAUCAGUGUGUUCAGAUAUUUGCAAAUGAUGGACACUUUAAGAGUCGCUUUGGGGUGAGAGGCCGAACACCAGGACAGCUUCAACGGCCCACUGGUGUUGCUGUGCACCCUAAUGGUGAAAUAAUCGUUGCUGAUUAUGAUAACAAAUGGGUCAGUAUUUUCUCCAGUGAUGGCAAAUAUAAGACAAAAUUUGGCUCAGGGAAACUGCUGGGUCCCAAAGGUGUAUCAGUUGAUAGAAACGGCCACAUCAUUGUAGUUGACAAUAAAGCUUGCUGCGUCUUCAUUUUCCAACCUAAUGGAAAACUUGUCUCCAAAUUUGGCAGUCGAGGCAAUGGUGACAAGCAAUUUGCAGGUCCCCAUUUCGCUGCAGUGAAUCAUAAUAAUGAAAUAAUUGUGACUGAUUUUCAUAAUCAUUCAGUAAAGGUGUUUAGUCCAGAGGGGGAGUUUCUCCUGAAGUUUGGGUCAAAUGGGGAAGGAAAUGGGCAGUUCAAUGCACCCACAGGUGUGGCAGUGGACGUCAAUGGCAAUAUCAUAGUGGCUGAUUGGGGCAAUAGCCGAAUACAGGUGUUUGACAGCAGUGGAUCUUUCCUGUCCUAUAUCAAUACCUCCGCAGACCCUCUGUAUGGCCCACAAGGACUGGCACUUACCUCAGAUGGCCACGUUGUUGUGGCAGACUCUGGAAAUCACUGUUUUAAAGUAUAUCGUUAUCUUCAGUAGCACUCUCAUAUCCACAAUUGGAUGAAUGCACUUUUUCCCUAAAGCUGCCACUUUGUGCCAAAUGGGACCUCACAUCGCAUUGCAGUUGUUGUUUGUGGCCUCAUCCAUUACACCUAUUAGACAAAAGAACAGACUGAUAAAAAUGGGUUUCUGUACCCAAACAUAAAACCCUGAUAAGUAUGCAAAACUAGACAAUCUAAUACUCAAUGGUAUCAUUGUGAACACUGGUUUUGCGGUUUAGGAACUUUGUAUAUUAAGCUUUAAGUUAAGCUGAUGUUCACUCUUGAAUUGGAAUUGGAAAAACACAUUAGAGUAAUGUUCAUGUUUCUACUGUUUGUUGAAGAAAUUCUGAUGUUCUUUUGUUACCAGCUGAUUUUAAAAGGGAAUUAAAUAAGUAGUUAUGUAUACAAAAUAAUUUUGUAGUAGCAAUUUCAAAAAAGUAACACCAUAAAAAAUCUUACUUUGGAUAUUUUUUCACCUAUAUUUGGCCAGAUGUAUGUUCAAAAUCAAAUGUCAGGUAUGUCCAGUCCACAAAGUCUUAGAUUUAAAGAAAAUGUUAUCAAGGUUACCAAAUAUGGCAUAUUAUGUAUAACCGUAUGUGCUUGUCUGAUUAUCACUGUGAUGCACACAAGUGUGGAUGGUAUAAUGUUUGUAUAAACCCAAUCAUGCAUGUAUAUUUCUGUAAUGACUUUAUCCCCGAUAUGCAAGAAACAAAGCACUUGAUAUGCUGUAAGAAUUGUAAACAUAUGGCUUUUUGAGAGUUUUUUAAUAAUCCUGACGUGCACUAUUAAGUUAUUAUUAUUUUAACUGCAAUAAUAUUUAUUGAAGAAAAUAUUUUAUUUUUUAUUUUAUUUGUAUUAUUCAGAGACAAUCAUGAUACAGUAAUGUAUCAUAUUACACACAACCUACCAAUGGGAAAGAGUUAUUAUGAAUGAGUUAAAUUAUUAAUGGUGUUUGACAAUGGUUGGUAUAAAAAAUGUGUGGUACAUACAUUUUCAGGUUUAGUCAUCUCAUACAUUUAAAAGUGCAAAAUGUAAAUCAUCUUUGUCUUAUGUCUGGUCUCUAUCAUACCCACUAAGAUGCCUUUUUGAAGCAAAAGGCCAUUUUAUUUCUGAUGAUAAUUUCAUUUGUCUGUCACAUAUACACAUCUAUACAGUAGUCUAUGCUCAAAAGACUACUCCAAAUCAAAAAUUGCAUUAUUUGGAAAGAUAUUCUGGGUCUAUUUAACAUUAUAGAGUAGUUUAUAAUCUUUCAUAAUUAGGCAUUUCAUGCUACUGUGUUGUUGUUCAUUUUUGAAAGCAACUUUAGGACUUCAGAUGGAAGCAUGUAUAAGCCAAGCCUAUGAAAUAUGUUCUUAGUGCGCUGCACACAGUUUUACAUUAGUUUUAUAUUAAAGGGAUCCUGUUAUGCUUUAAACCUUUUUAAACUUUUUUAGUGUGUAAUGUGGCCCCCACCCCCAGAGGGAGAUAUUCUGUUUGAUGCAAAAUAAAGGGACUGUGCAAAGGCUGUCACUGGGACAGUACUCCUUUGUAAAGGUCCUAAUAUGUAGUAUUUACAAAUAUGCACUUUUUGAAAGGGUACGCUCCAGUGACAGCUUUUGAACCUGAGUGUUUAACAGAAGAAAAAAACUUUUCCAGAAUUACAACAAAUGGCUCAGUGGGACUACACUUCUUCCAAAUACUUUGACAACACAAUUCCAUUCAUUUGCAUAGGCAUGGAAGUCUGUCACUCUGUGGGAUUACACACUGCACAGCUUGCACACACUAAUGUAAAAUUAUGUGAAAAGUAUAUGUUUCCUGGACAAUUAAACAUGAAAACCUAUUCUGCACCCUAUAAUACAUCCUAAAAAUAAACCCUGGAUGCUUUUGAA